AUGACACAGACAGCGGCACCCGGUAGGGUGCAGACGUUGACGAAGGAGCAGGAAAAGGUGUUGAAGCAGGUGUGGGUGCACCUUUUCCAGUUCUGGGGAAUAGACGUGGACGGCUCUGCGGUGCUGACGGCGAAGGAGCCCGAGCCAGCGGCGCCCAGCGGCAAGGGUCGCAAGCUGCUGGGGCUCUUUGGCAAGCGUAAGGACGCAACGGGGGCGGCACGGAAAGAGAGCAACGGCAAGGCAGCAGCCAAGGUCUACGAUGCGGAGAAAGUCGAGGACAGCGAUGCAGAAAAGGAAAAGCCAACACCGCAGAAGGUCGAGGGGCUCGAGGAGAUGUACGAGCUACUUAAGGAGUUGGAUGGCGCUGCAGUAUCCAAGGAGUUCUGGUCAAUGCUGCGCUGCGACUACCCAGACAACCUCCUUCUCCGUUUUGUUCGUGCGCGCAAGUGGGACAUCAACAAGGCUAUGAUCAUGAUGGCCCAUUCCUUGCGCUGGCGCUUAAAUGAGGGGAAGCCGGAAGAUAUCGUCUUCGGUGGAGAACGCGGAGCGCAGAAGGCGGACAAGAAGGGCAUUGUGAAGCAGCUUGAGCUGGGCAAGGCGACCGUCCGGGGUUUUGACAAAAACGGCUGCCCCAUCGUGUAUGUGCGGCCGCGCUUACAUCAUGCGGCUGACCAGACGGAGGCAGAGACAAGCGAGUACUCGCUUUUGAUCAUUGAGCAGGCUCGCUUGUUCCUCAAGGAGCCCUGCGACACAGCUACGAUUUUGUUCGACCUUUCGGGCUUUUCCAUGGCCAACAUGGACUAUGCUCCUGUGAAAUUUCUGAUCACCUGCUUUGAAGCACACUACCCAGAGUGCCUAGGCAAGCUGUUCAUCCACAAGGCCCCAUGGAUCUUCCCACCGAUAUGGAACAUUAUCAAAAACUGGCUAGACCCUGUGGUUGCCGCAAAAAUCGCAUUCACCAAGACAGCUGCUGACUUGGAAGAGUUCAUUCCUGCUGAGCAAAUCCCUCUAGAACUUGGUGGCAAGGACGAAUACAACUUUGAUGGUUUUGUGAUGCCAGAUGGCUCGGCCGACACGAAGUUAUCAGACGAGAAGGGCAAGGCUGCCGUCUUGGAAGAGAGAGAGGCCAUUAUAAAGCGCUUUAUAGAUGCCACAAUCUCCUGGAUUGAGAGUACCUCCGACGAAGAGUCUGCCAAGUGGCUCGAGAAGAAGAUAGACUUGAGCAAAGAACUUUCCGAAAACUAUUCUAAAUUAGAUCCUUAUAUCAGGUCUAGAUCCUUCUAUGACGUAAACGGGACGUUGAAAGUUUAG